AGAGAGAGGAGACAUACUGGAUAAAGGCUACGACAAAAACCAUGAUGAUAAUGGAGUCGAGGCGGUGGAGGAUGUCGGAUUUACAAGAAAGGACUGUUGAAAUUUGACAGAGGGCUCGUGUUGAAAGCUGGUCUUUAUUUUUUUUAUUUUUUUUAUUUUUUUUCAUUUUGUUGCGUUUUGGUUUCCACAUGCUGGGUGGACAUUAAAGGAGAGGAAUAGGGGAGCACCCCACGGAUGCCUCGGAAGGUAAAAACGGGGUCCACCGCUGGCGCUACAGGCAACAAGACGCAUCAGAUCUCACGGAUGGUAAUAAAGGACAUCCUGAAGGGAGCUCUGGACUGAUGGAUGAGGAUGAAAAACAGCUUUAACCCCCUCCAUCCGACGACUGUGAAAUAAAGAGGAAAAAAAUCCUGUUUUGAUGGAUUUUUGUUAAUCAUUUAUGGUGUAGCCUGAAGGAAACGAGCCUUAGACAGCAAUGUUGAAUCACUGGUGUUGGUAAAUUAUUCAUUAGAGGUAUAGGUCGGCUAUGAUUUUGUAUUGCUUCAAUGUAGCAUCCCCCCCAUUCAUUUUGACAAUGUUUAGUCUUGUGAGAUCAUACACAUAUUUGCAGGUUUUAUUGUGUGGUUCUGUAGGCCCAUUUAGUAGUCUUUAACAGCCACAGAAGAAACAGCCAAAGCAGGGGAGAUUUUAACGCAAGAAAUACUUCAUACCGAGAAAAAAAAAUAUCUGGAUACUGAGGUGUGUUGAGCUGUGAGGGAUUUGUUUUUAUUUUAUAUUUAUUUUUUUUUUUUUACAAAUUCACUUUUUUUUUCUUCUAAAGAAGAACAAGACGGGGGUGUAAUAAGAUACAUAUAUAUAUAAAAACAUGUUGCCUUCCCAAGAAGCCUCCAAGAUCUACCAUGACAAUUAUAUGCGCAACUCCCGGGCCAUCGGGGUGCUGUGGGCCAUCUUCACCAUCUGCUUCGCCAUCGUCAACGUGGUGGUGUUCAUCCAGCCCUACUGGAUCGGCGACAGCGUCAACACGCCGCAGGCUGGCUACUUCGGCCUCUUCCACUACUGCGUGGGCACCGGGCCGUCGCCCAGCCGGGAGCUCACCUGCGUGGGCAGCUUCUCCGACUUCAGCUCCAUCCCGUCCGGAGCCUUCAAGGCGGCCUCGGUGUUCGUGCUGCUGUCCAUGGUGCUGAUCCUCAGCUGUAUCGCCUGCAUGGCGCUCUUCUUCUUCUGCAACACCUCCACCGUUUACAAGACCUGCGCCUGGAUGCAGCUGCUGUGCGGAGUGUGCCUGGUGCUGGGUUGCAUGAUCUUCCCUGAUGGAUGGGACGCCGAGGUGAUCCGGGACAUGUGCGGGGAGCAGACGGGGAAAUACUCCCUGGGUGAUUGCUCUGUACGCUGGGCCUACAUGCUGGCCAUCAUGGGCAUCUUGGACGCCCUCAUCCUCUCCUUCCUGGCCUUCGUCCUGGGCAACCGGCAGACAGACUUCUAUCUUGAUGAUCUGCAGACAGACAACAAAGAUUUUGCUGUGUCAAGGAUUGAGGUGCGGGAUAGAAGAGAGCCACGGUACGGAGUGCAGCGUCUCCACUGAGGGCAACAACGGCACUCAAGAACUUCUCUCCUUCUCUUUUCUCCUCUUUCUCUUCUCCCCCUCUACUCUCUUCUCUCCAAUGAUCAGGAUAUCACCCAAUCUCAAUGCAGACACCAAGUGUACAGGAUUCUGUAAGAUAAAAAAGAAAAACAAAAAAAAAACAACAAAACACACUGGGAUAAACUAUAUUUUGAAAAAAAAUAUAUACAAGGUUGUACAGUGCAUUUAACAUGACUUUCUCAAUGAAUACCUUUAUGAUAAAAAAAAGAUUUACUGUAUUUAAAGUCUUGAUUUGUGUGAGAAAUUCAAUCCUUAUGAUGAAGAACCAUAAUGUCCAUCUAUUAUUUUACCAUGGUUUCUUUCAAAUCUUGCUAUUACUGACUUUGAGUUCGUGUGUUGUGUGCAUUCAUAGCUUCAGAGAGCAGAUUAUUGAUACUCCUCGUACAGUGAUAGAGUCGAGACUCGCAAUACAGCAGCAAGUCCAUUAUUAAAGCAUCCAAAACGCUUCAACAGGGACUCGUAUGGCUCUUCAUCUAAGGACUUUCAAAUGUGAGGAAUUUAAAGGAGUACCCCAUUGCAGCUUUACAGAACCUAACAUCUCUGGGAGAUUCUCUACUGUACAUACUGAACAAUGUAAAUAACAUUACUGCUGACAGAAACAGCCGACAACAAAACCUCAUCUGACUCUAAUGCAUUUGAGUAUGGUAUUUCUACCCUUGGUUUCAGUGUUCCUUGUACUGGAAGAGCAUCAAAGUACGUGCUAAUUCAUUGUGUUUCUGUGUCUCCUUACUACCGAUUUGGUGGGAUUACACAGAUGGGAAUGAAUCUGAUAAUUUAGCUGGAUAAUCCACAGAGAAGCAGAGCACCGUGAAUCCAACUGAUCGUGUAUGAUCACAAUUUUUUGACACAGAAAAAAAAGACACUUCCCCUUCAUCAACGUAGCCUAAAAAGAAGCCCAUUAUUGUAGUUUUUCACCCUUCAGAAUGUUGUAAAUUAUAAAUUGCUGAAUUUAACUGCAGCUAUCACAUCACAUUUAGAAAUCUGGUCUCUAUUUCUUUUGUUUGUUUGUUUUGUUUCAAGUUCACUCCUUUGUACUAACUUGUAAUCUCAUUCUCCAGUGUGCAGUUUACUCCAGUUUAUGGUUCCAGCAUACAGUGAUCAGUUUACUCUACAGAUGUCUUAAGACUGUGUGAAUAUGGCUGUCCGAGUCGGCUCCAAGUGCUGCAUUGUCUUAAGGUGAUGUCACUUAUUUGCCUCUUUGCAGAAGCAACGCUGCUUGCAGUAGUCAUAGGAAUCAUAAGUGGGGCACAAUCACUGCGAAGAAAAACACCAAAAUAAAAAGCUAAAUCUCUUAAAAAGUACAAAAUCACUUCAAAACAUUGCCUCCGUAGGAAGGAUAUUAGUCAACAGAAUUUAGUGUUAGACUGUAAUUUACCACUGAAACCUUCCAGCCGUGCUUGAUAUACAUUUUUUUUUUUUUUUUCAUUUUGGGCCAGGAUUUUUGAGAGAUUACACUUGCUCACAAAAUAAAUUAGCCUAAAAGUAGCCAAACUGAACAUGUUGUACAGAAGUGCAUUGUACUCACCAAAAGAAAAGGCAAAAUGAAGACUAUAUGUGGUAAAAUUGACUUAAAAAAAAUCUCUUUAUCACAGGCUAGAAUAUAUUUUGUAGACUAGUGUACAUUAAUGACUACAAUCAUAAGGACUGAAAUUUCCUGACCAUCUUUGUAAGUCAUUUAGCGAUAUAUUUCACUGCAUCCUGUGAUAGGAGGCAAAAAAAGAAACAAAAACAAAUUCAGCUGUUCAUAGCUAAUUUGGAACCCUUCUAUUUAUUUUUAAAUAUAAUUAUUUGUAAUACUUUGCUGUAAAAAGUCAAUGCAGACUUCAGUAUGACAUUCAUAGCUCAUAUUCAAUAUGUUGAAUCAGGUGGCACCUGCCCCUGUCCUCUACAAAGUACAAUAAUGACUGAUGACCACCUUAAGAUCAUGUCAUAAUAACAGGAAUAGGUCUCCAUUUUUAAUUCAUUGUGAAUGCGGUGCACUUCUGCAAUAUUGGGCCUCACGCAAGAGCAUUGUUAGAUAUUGUCUUUUUCUGUGUGUACUUGUUGCGAAAAGCUUGUUUAAACCCAAUGAGCUCAUUGGUGGGCAACUUUCAUUCACAGAAAUGUUACCAAUAGUAACAAGAAAAAAUUCCCAUCAUGGAUCUAAUGCAGUUGGAAAUUGUUGCCAUUGUAUUAUUAGCAACAUGCCAUCGGAGACAAUGGAAAAAUGGGUUGACAUGAAGCUGCAUGCUAAAAAAAACCCAUCUUAGAUAGGAGGCAGUCACGGCGAAGUGACAGGAGAUUGACGUGAAAAGACAAUACAAUAGCUAGUCUUGCUUUGCCAGCCCAUACUAUAGUAUAAAGCAGUCUGGCUACGCCUCACUAUCAGUCUGCAAAGGGGAAGAAAUGCACUGGCUUGUUUGCAUGUCUUUGAACCAAUCACGAUCGACUUUGGGAGGAGCCAAUCAAAGAUGCAGCUUUGGUGUUCCCUCAAAAUAGUGAUGGGAGGAACUGUUGUGGUGAAACAUUUGCAUGCAGGUAGGCAAAUACUGUCAUUAAAACAGAAAAAAAAAAACCUAGCAGGGCUGCCUUAUUGCAAUUUUUGCAAAAAUUUGGAAUUCUCAAUGUGGUAGAUUUCUGUCUGGAGGCUGUUGUUUCCUGUAGUGAAAGGCAUGGUAACAUGCAGAUAUUGGAAGGGAAGGACAAAACCACCAGAAACAAACAGCCAAUGGAAGGCUUUUACGCACAACCUACAGUUGGAUGUUGGACUACACACUGGAUGAGGCUAAAGUGUUGUGUGCGACGCAGGAUGUUCCCUUCAUGGGACCUGGGUCGAUGUUUGGACACAUGUGCCCCGACACAAAGUACAGUCACGUUCCACACAUGGCUACUAGAAAACAUGAAGGUGAUUUCCUGACAGCAAGAGGAAGAACACAAUAGUGCACAAAAUGGGCAUCCAGUUUGCUUUUCUUGCACAAGCACAAUUGGUGUAACCUGCUGUGUAGAAGUUGUUGCGUUCUCUGUGGAUCCUUGUGCAGAUGAUGAAAUUUAUGUCAAGCUUUAAAGUUAUUAUUAAUCAAUUUUAUACUCUGCGAAGGAUUCUUGCGUGAGGCCCUUUAAGAUCAGUUGUACUGGAAUCAGCAUAUAAAACAGCGACGAUACAGUGAUUUUAUAACCAGGGGUGUAAACCCCCUCCAGGAAGAAAUUCAAAUGACAUAACCGCACUGUCCUCAGUGAUAGCUAAUACACUGAACUAAAGAGUAUGAUUCAUGUAGCAUCCUUACUGUGACAUGCCAACAACACCCCCCUGAUUAUUGUUCCUCCAACAGCGUAACUUGAUGUAGCUCUUGACACACCAGUGUCACCUGUUGUUGUCCAUGCUGACACAUUUCGGAGGGUGAUCACUGCUACACCAGCAGCAUAAAAAGUGUAAUUUCUAUUGAAUAUUUCGAACAAAGCAGCCCUGGAGGUGACCGGCUUGCCAGUAUAUGUGAUAACUAGCAGGGUACUGCACUUUACUGAUUUUGAUUAUAGGAAUAUGUGCUGCUUGGAACAACAAAAAUAGUAUCUGUACCUUUAUUUAUCUAAAUAAUGAAGAUUACUUGCAAAUGUGUUCUAUACUCGGGCUGAUGGUGCUGCCUGUGUGAGUUGUGUGACUCACCAUUUUACCCGUGAGCAAAGUUAUGGCUUCUGUAAGCUCCAGCCACCUGAUUUGUCUGCAUCAGUGACACUGAUUGUUAUGAUACCGGUGACAACUAGGAUUCUAACGUGACAAGCUGCGGUUGCUCAGUACGACAAAGAAGGCCGCUGUAAUCCAGGGCACCAUGGGGCUUUUAUCCCUCUCUGAGCAGCACUUCAGGCUGACAUACUGUAAUUGAGCCUCCUAAAGCCUGGAAAUUAGCUGUGCACACGCAUAAUUGUUUCAUAUGAGAAACUGGCAUGCUCUGCCCAUUUAAGGGAAUGGUACGAUCAUACUGUAAACCCUACAAAGUAAUUAAAUCCAGUUCACUGAGCAAUUCAACAACAACAAGGUGAUCUACAUUUUGGGCUAUAUCGCGAGGAAAACUCAGCCUAGUGAGGGACUCAUUAUACAGCAUUAUAUUUAACUGUAAUCCAUGUUACGCUCUGUUAGGGAUGCACUGCUAACACAUUCCUUGUGAAAGAAAGUCAAAGAAUUAAUCUUAAACUAUCACACGACACCGUUACACUUACAUUAAGAAUUCCAAUUAACCCGCUACACAUGGGUAAUGCGUUAAUAGAAGAUAAGAGGCCUAGUGUGUGUUGGAGAUUGGCUCUGUGGGUCAUCCUGGGUGGGUUAGUGGUGCGUCCCUACACUCUAUACAUGUAAUGAGCAGAUAGCUAGAUGUGCAGUGUUUUUUAGAAUGGUAGCUAGCUAACUCUCAGGAAGCUGUGUACACAGUACUGUAUUAAAGGCUCAUAAUGGAAAUGAUCCACAGACACAAGCAAGUCGAAUACACAAGCCAGACUUUGAGGUUAAUGCUCUCGUGAUGAGGUCACGAUGUCAUUGUUUAAAUGGCACGUUGCUCUGCAGCAUUAAAGCUUUGAAUAGAAUAGCACUACCACACUGGUUUUCCAAGCUGGGCCUUUAAGACAAUAUGAAAACAGCCCUUAUGCUGAAUCUAACGAUGCUGUCCAUGCAGGCUCUGCACAGACCUUAGGCCUACAUCUAUCAACCAUCUUAGGGUAGAAGUGUUGGGCCCUCAUUCAAGAAACCUUUCUUUUCACUUUAACCUUGAAUUUACUGUGCAAACAUUAAAAAAAGAGAAGAAAUUCAAACAGACCUCGUCCAUUUGGGAUAGCAAGGCAUAUUUUUUUGCUUUUGAUAUGUACGUGAUCAUUUGAGAAAAUCAGAACACUUUUUUUAUAUCUAAAGUUUGCAUACAGCAGGCAGUAAUGCCUCUCACACAGUAUUUAUUGUGAUUUAAAUAUCUCCAUAGCGUGCAUCUGUCAUUUGCGAAUACUUCAUGGGCCCAGGACGUAUUUUACAACAAAUCUACAUAAAGAAUAUAACAAAGGAAGAAAAAAAAGCCCUGAGGCCUAAGUAGUCGUGCCAGGCUUCCAAGCAUCAUUGCCUGUGUGAUCAUUGGUCUGGUCUUCUCUCCGGGUACUCCGUUCCUGAAGACUUGACGAUGAACUGAAAAAUACCUUAACAAGGAACUGACAAUACCUUAACCCUGAUGAGCACAUAUUUGUACCACUCCAGGUGCCUCUAAGAACUCUUGAUUUAAUUCAGAUGUGGUGCAGAACCAGCAAAACAAGUAGUGACACUGUAGUUUUUUCUACUAAAGACUACAUACUCGGACUGAGCUCUGAAGCUAGAUGGGUUUCACUGCAUGAUUUGAGGUCAAUUCAGUUUCAAGUCAUUAAUAGAUUGAACCUAAAACAACUAAGGCAAGUUUUUUUCCCCCCCACUUAUUUAACUUACUUUGGGGAGAUGUUUUGAUAUUUAGAACUUUAAUUUUCAGUUUGUGAUUGGACUUCUAAAGCUGAAUUCACCUCAAUCUGUAUUUACAGGAUUAUCUGAAGAUGUGAAAAAGAAUGAAAAGCUAAUAAAAGAGUCAAUGAGAAGUCAUUUCAAUUUCAAGCUGCAAACCAAGUGUUUGUGGACUAUGUAAAUGUCAUUGAUAUGUCAAUGAUUCCAUCUUCUUUUAUCAUGCAAUAUCAUGUAUAAAGACAUAUUGUUGGGGGUGGGAUGGGUUGGGUGCAAAGAUGAAUAAUGUCCAGUGACUUACGUUAUAAUAGUUGACUUUCUGUUAACUCCUGAAAUGCAGAUGUUGCCAAAAUACCAUCUACUAUCAUGUGUUAUCAUGAGAAAAAAAAAAGAAGAUAAACAACAGUUUUGGUUUUGUAUAACAAAAGAAUGAUAUACUGAUAUUUGUCAAGUAAUACUGAUGAGAUCUUUGUUUUAUGUGUUAACUACAGACUCCUUUCUGUUAUGGUUUACUUUCUAUGUAUUUUGGUAUGAUGUGUGACGAUUGCUGUUCAGUCACAUUAGACUUAACAUCUCAGAUUCAGUUUUGACUCACUAAUGGAUGAGUGCUUGUUGAAAUCUCAACACCCAAAAAUGUACAAAAGUCUGUUUAUAAAGUUGCUUGAUUGUGGGCAGGUGGACAGACUCUGAAAGAAGCUUGUUGCUUUUCAUGGAUUAUGAUGACAUACUGAUUUUGAUUUGAAAAUGACAAUGUCUAAUUAAUUCCUAUUUGUGACUAGUAUUCCAACUCACCACGAUGACAAUUUCUGUUAUUGAAACACAUUUUGAGAGGGUCGAAUAAAGAUAUUUUACAUUCAAAAA